GGAGGGAGCGAGGAAUCACAACAGAGCAGCAGCAGCAGCGUUGACACUUGUGUUUUGAGCCACUGAAACACACUGUUGCUUGUUUUCUUUCUGUCGCCACCGAGAACGGACAUGUCACGAAAACCCAAAGAUGAAUACUACCGUUUCUUUACCGUUACCGACCCGCGCACACACGAGAAGGGACACACCGAGUACAAAGUGACAGCGAGGUUUGUGUCCAAGCGCCAUCCGGAAGACGUGAAGGAGGUGGUGGUGUGGAGGAGGUUCUCCGAGCUGAAGAAGCUCCACGGGGAGCUGGCCUACACUCACAGGAACCUGUUCAGACGACAGGAGGAGUUUCCGUCUUUUCCCCGCGCGCAAGUGUUUGGGAGGUUUGAGGAGGCCGUGAUUGAAGAAAGGAGGAAUGCUACCGAGGCCAUGCUUCUGUUUACUACCAACAUACCUGCACUCUACAACAGUCCACAGCUCAAGGACUUCUUCAGGAGUGGUGAAGUCACGAGGCCUCUGGACACCCCCCCUCUGUCCUCUGCCGGGCCUCUGCCUCCCCCGCUCAUCCCCCUCCCCAAGCGGAGGGACUCUGACUGUGAACCAGCAGAGGAGGAGGUUGGGAGGGAGGCUCCCACUUUACCCCAGGACCUGGGCACCAACGUGGGCUUAGACGUGGGAGAACCGGAGGUGGCAGCUGAGGCUUACAGCGAGAUGGGAGGCUCUCCGAGAGACGAAGAAGAAGAAGAAGAAGAAGAAGAAGAGGAGGAGCUUAGCGAUGCAGAGCUGGAUGACAGAGUUCCGUCUCCUGACCAAUACCCAGCCAGAGACCGCCAAUCACAAGAGUCCCAGGAAGAAUUUGAUUCACUGUUUGACUCCGGGACAGAAGAGCAAGUCCCAUCCCCUAAAGAGGAAGGUCCACCUCCUCUGACCGAUAAUGACUUGGCUGUCUUUGAUCCCUGCUACAAACAAGAUAAAUCCGUUUCCUCCAGUGACCACUCAGAAUUGUUCUCGCUGCCGCCCACCAGUCUGGACGGAGCGGACGUGGGUUACUUAAACCAAGCUGCCGCUGAGCUGACAGCUGCAAUGCGGAGGGAGAAGGAGGGAGAGUUUAGUUCUGCCAUUCGUGCAUACAGGACGGCGGUGGAUAUCCUGAUCACUGGAGUACAGGGAGACCAAGAUCCGAUACGCAGGGAGUCUGUGAUGAGAAGGACGGCCCAGUAUUUAAAGCACACGGAGAUGUUGGUCGACAGGCACUCCUCGCCCACACACACACAUACACAGGACCCUUAGAUGCACACACGCACGUUUUUUUAUACACACUGUUCACACACAUGAAGACAGCUCAAAGACAAAGAAGCUCAGGGUCGUGACAUACCAACACACACACACUCCUGAGGUACACACUACACAGCAGACUGCUACUUCAGUUGCCUUUGUGUAGUGAAAAAUGUGUGAUUUGCUAAAAUAUAAAUAUAAAGAAACUGUAAACGGAAAUGGAUAAAUAAUGCUUCAUCUCUUUCUCUUGUGUGAUUCUUACCCUCCUUUUAUAAUGUUUUCUUGUUAAAUACAGUUUGCUUUUUGCACAAACAAUGUUAUGAUUAAUAAAUAAGAUUUUAAUUUAAGUCUGUAAGAUUUCUGUUUUCUUUUUCAUCAUCAGAUGGUCAAAAUAAGUGUCGAAUGUUUCUGUAGUUCACGGCGGCUGCUCAACAGUAUCAGAAGAGUUGCAGGUCUGAAGGUUUGCAGUAGCGAGGCGGUACCU